CGUGGUUCGUGCGCACUUUUCGCGGGAGUUUAGCCGCCGGCUGUCAACAACAGUCCGUAAAUUCGCCACAAUAUGAGUCUGUGGGUGGACAAGUAUCGGCCGACUUUGCUGGGUAAACUCGACUUUCACAAGGAGCAAGCGGCCCAGCUGAAGAACUUGGUGCAAUGUGGCGACUUCCCACAUUUACUGGUCUACGGUCCAUCAGGGGCGGGAAAGAAGACGCGCAUUAUGUGCCUGUUGCGGGAACUCUACGGUGCUGGAGUGGAGAAACUUCGCAUUGAGCACCAAACCAUUGUGGCACCUUCGAAGAAGAAGAUUGAGGUCAACACCAUCGCCAGCAACUACCAUUUAGAAGUCAAUCCCAGCGACGCUGGAAACCAGGACCGUGUGGUGAUCCAGGAGCUGAUCAAAACUGUGGCUCAGUCUCAGCAGAUCCAGUCGAGCACACAGAGAGAGUUUAAAGUGGUGCUGCUGACAGAGGUGGACAAGCUCACCAAGGAUGCCCAGCACGCUCUGCGCCGGACCAUGGAGAAGUACAUGUCCACGUGCCGACUGAUCCUCUGCUCCAACUCCACGUCUAAAGUCAUCGGGCCCAUCAGGAGCCGUUGCCUGGCCGUCAGAGUUCCUCUCCCCAGCACAGAAGAGGUCUGCAGCGUCCUCACAUCCGUCUGCAAGAAGGAGGGUCUGACCCUCCCACCUGAGCUGGCCAAACAAAUCAGCGAGAAGUCUGGACGGAAUCUCCGCAAAGCUCUUCUGAUGUGUGAAGCGUGUCGGGUGCAGCAGUAUCCGUUCUCUUCAGACCAAGAUGUUCCUGAGACAGACUGGGAAGUUUACCUCAGAGAGACCGCCAACGCUAUCGUCAGCCAGCAGAGCCCGCAGAGGCUGCUGGAGGUGCGAGCUCGACUCUAUGAGCUGCUGACUCACUGCAUCCCUCCCGACAUCAUCAUGAAGGGUCUGGUGAAAGAGCUGCUGAGCAACUGCGACGGACAGCUGAAGACCGAGGUGGCGCACAUGGCUGCUUUUUACGAACACAGAAUGCAGCUGGGAAGCAAAUCCAUCUACCACCUGGAGGCCUUCACCGCCAAGUUCAUGGCCAUGUACAAGAAGUUCAUGGAGGACGGCUUGGACGCCAUGAUGUUUUAGCUGUGGAUGAACAUUUGUCUAGCAGAA